UCGUAUACGCGACUCAAUUUCAUCGUUGUUCAAGAAUCAGAACACGAACGGUAGUCAUGGCAACGGGCGGCAUAUCGCAAGUGUCGUCAUUAGAGUCAGCUCUGCUCUGCGGAAUCUGCCUCUCCGAGUUCGAUGCUACGCUCAGGAGGCCUCUCAUUCUGCCCAAGUGCGGCCACACCUUCUGCAGGAUCUGUGUGAAGAACCUGGCCGCGCGGGGGGAGGUCUUGUGUCCUUCUUGCAGGUGCAGAUACCAAGAUGUAGACCCUGAUGAACUCCCGAUCAACUUCAACGUUCAGUGUUUAGCCAGCUCAGACAGGCCGUUUCCAACGUGGACUAAGUACUCAGGGAACCGAGACACAGACUGCCAGGCACACGGUGUCAGACUAGCCUUCUGGUGCAAGACGUGCGAAACAGCAGCAUGCGGGGAGUGCCUCUUCGAACAGCACCCCAAACCCGAACACAACACUUGCCGCAUUCACGAAGUUAUACAGCAAAUUAAGGGUCUAGCUGAGACACUCUCCCAAGAAAGCUGCCUGGAGAUUGUAGUGCGUCUGGGCGAGACCAUCCGAGGCGCCUUGAGCUACGUGUCAGACCUUCAGGAGGCAGCACACCUCCUGCAGGAGACGGCCAGGGUCAACCGCAGUGCCCUGGCUGCGCAGGACCUCCCGUCCAUCACCUCCGUCUUCGAAUCAGCAAAGGCCGUUAAGCAGCGAGUCUCAGCGCUCGACCGCUCAGAAGAGCAGAGCAACAGAUCUGGACUGACAUCACUUAGCUCUGUGCCGGCAACAAGGCCCGCGAUCCUGGCACUCAGUGACAAUGGGUCUCUUGGCCGUGUAGAUGUCGAAGAGAAGGGCAUCCACCUUUAUAGUCUUAGGCCGCCGUCCACGGCCUAUAGUGUGGCCAUCAAGCUGAACGUUCUGACGGCCUGCGUGAGCAAGGAGAGCCCUCAAGUGUUCCUGGACAUCUCGGCCGGCGAGCGUCGUCUCGGCAGAGUCUAUAUCAGGUUGGAAGGACAUCUGAAGCGCGCCCAGCAGUUCAUGGCGCUCUGCCUCGGAAACCUUGGCUUCUCGUACCGCAACAGCAGAUUCGACGGGAUCAGCGAGCGAGGGCAGCCCGGGGCCUACCUCCGCGGGGGGAUUAUCAGGGGCGGGGGGACUCGGGGGGGAGGCCCUCAUGGAUGGGCUGGAGUGGGGGGCCCCCUGCCACGGCCUCUCCGCAGGUGGGCAAAGCCUAAAGCCGCGGGACAAGUUUGCGGUGUCGGCGGAGAGGAGCAGAAGAGGUUUGGGUCGCUCUUCGCUAUCUGCCUGAAGGACAACCCGGAGGACACGUUCAAGUGCCCCUUUGGCAUCGUCACAGAGGGACUCCAGGUGCUGGAAGUGGCCAGCAGACACGACCCUUUUAACGUGGUCCACAUCAGUGAAUGUGGUAUUGUGAUUCCCUUAUGA